UAAUUAUCAAACAGCAAACUCUUUGCGAAGUACUAACGAAUGAAUGAAGAAGUUAUAAAAUAAUAAUAGUUUAUCGGCUAUAGAAAAUAUAGCGCUGUUUGAUGCUGUGUCAUCUUAAAUAAAGAGUGAUUAACACAUUCUAUUCUGAAGUAUCUAUUUUGCUUCGUAACUGGAUAUGCUUACCGUAUAAAAUUCAAUAAUCACAAUGGCGGGAAUAAAAUCAUUAGCAGUUCGAGGUAUCAGGAGUUUUGGGCCGGAAGAAUGCGAUGAACAACGCAUAUCGUUUGAUAAACCACUCACAUUGAUUCUCGGUCAAAAUGGAUGUGGGAAAACUACAAUAAUUGAAUGUUUACGCUAUGCUAUCACUGGGCAAAUGCCGCCGGGAAGCCGCAACGAAUGUUUUGUUCAUGAUGCUAAAGUUAACAGGUCUACUGAAGUUCUUGGUCAAGUUAAACUUAAGAUAGAAAAUGCUAAAGACAAACAGCUUGAAGUGUCUAGAUCUAUGAGAGUAACAGCUUUAGCUAAAAAGAAGACUCAGUUUAAAACCUUGGAUUCAUUUCUCUCAGUCAUUGAUGAGAAUGGAAAACCAAAGGAUAUAUCAUCCAGAUGUGCCGAUUUAGAUCUUGUGAUGCAUGAAGAAUUAGGUGUAUCUAAAGCUAUUUUAAAUUCAGUCAUAUUUUGCCACCAAGAAGAUUCUAGCUGGCCCCUUGAUGAAGGUAAAAAGGUUAAAGAAAGAUUUGAUGAGAUAUUUGAUGCUGAUAAGUACAGUGAUUGUAUUGAUCGGCUUAGAAAAAUCAGAAAGGAAUAUACAACAUCAAUCAAGUUACUUGAGCAAGAGGUAGCCCACUUAACAGAAAAAAAGGAGGAUUUAGAUAAAAAGAAGCUCGAUGUGAUCAACACUGAGUCUAGAAUAUCUGAAGCCGAAAUCAAACUGGCGGAGCUGACACAAGAGAUAAAACCAAUAACAGAGAAACUUAAUGCUAUUGUGGAGCUGCAAAAGAACUUGGUUGCUUUUGAAAGUAAAAAGGAGAAGAUAAAAACUAGACUAGAACAUGCCCAGACUCAAGGAGAAGAACUAAAGAAAAGUAUAGAGACAGUCUUUGAAGGAACUACAACAGAAUUGGAAGAAAAUAUAACAAACUAUGCUACAACAGCGAAGACAAAAAAGAAAGAACUUGAUGAAUCAUACAAGAAGAAUACAUCCUUCAACAAGGAAGAAGAAAAAAUUGCAAAUGAGAAGACAUCUAAUGAAGUGAAGUUCAACAAAUUGAUUUUGUUAGAGAGUCAAAAUCAGGAGAAGAUUGAUAAGCGUAAUAAUAUGAUUGUUGAAACAGCCAAGGUAGCAGAAUUAGAGAUUGAGAAAGUGGAAACAGUUGAAGAAGUAGAAAACGCCAUAAAAGAGAUCACACAAAAGAUAAAAGAGCUACAGGAUAACCUGAAGGAGCAAAAGUCUCAGGCUGAUGAAGAAGAGAAGAAAUAUCAACAAGAAGUGGAUGAAAGCCGGGAUGCCUUGUCACGCCAUAAGCAGAAAAUAUCAAACAAGGAGUCUGAAAUUCAGACAUCUAAGAAAGACAUUACAAAGUUGGAGAAACAGAUAACCGAUGCAAAUAAAUCAAAGAUAAAGUUGGAAACAUUUGAAACCAAGUUGAAAACAGCUGAAGAAGAUUUUGAAAAGGUAAAGGCAGAAGUUAACACAGAAGAAUGCCAAAAGAAUAUAAAUGAAGAUGAGAAAAUAAUGGAAGCAGAUGAAAAGGAACUAGAAGAACUGGAUCAAAAGGUGAUAAAGCUGCAAAAACAAAGCACCAAGCUAAAGGAAAAAGAUCUUAUGGAAGACAACUUGAAGAAGAAAGAAAAACAGCUUACAGUGUUAAAAAAUAAGCAUAAGUCAGCCUUAGUCGAGCUGGUGGGUGAUAUUGAGGGUGAUUUUGCAGUCACUGUCAACAAAUUAGAAUGUCAACUAAGAUCUGAAGUGGACUCUGUGCAGAAGAAAGUCAAAGAUAAUCAAAUCGAGAUAUCAAGCUUAGAAGCGGAUAGAAAGCACGCUCGCCAAAAACUAAACGACCACAGAAGUGAGCUCACCAAAGCUGAGGAUAAGAUGUACAAGGCUUGCGGCACCCAGACCUAUGAAGCGACGCUCGCAAAAAUAACAGCUAAUGUUGAAAAAUUACAGGAUGAACAAAAUGUGUUACAAUCGUCAAUGUUUAUCUUCACCAAAUAUAAAAAACAGCUCAAGGAUGAUAGCUGCUGUCCUCUUUGUAGUAGAGGCUUCGAUACAGAUACUGAGGUAACAGACUUGAUAUCACAACUCACAACUCAAGUUAUGAAUGUUCCGGCAAAACUCGAGAAAGUAACAGAGGAGUUACAGAAAGAAUCCGCAAAAAAAGAUGAUUUGCUGAGUAUGAAGUCACUCAAUGAGAGAAUCAUUAGCCUCAAAGACACCCAAAUACCGGAACUGGAGCAGAGAUUGAAGGAAGUUGAUACUAAAAUCGCCAGCCUAACAGAGUCAUCGGAAGAGUUGUCAAUGUCAAUAUUGGAGCCGGAACGCAAGUUGCAGACGGUGCGACAGAUACAGGGGGAUAUGCCACUCCUUGAUCGAUUUACAAAUGAAUUCAAAACUUGUACAAAAGAUUUUGAAGCUUUAAAGGAACAGUGUACAGAUAUGAUCACAGACAUUACCCUAGAUGAAGCAACAACCAAGCAGACUGAACUGAGACAAAAAAUAAGUGCACUCCGAGCUAAAAUAAAGAGUAACCAGCAAAAAUUGAACUUGCACAACAAGAGAAUACACAUCAUGGGAGAGAAGAAGAAUAAACUUAAAGAGGAUGUGUUGAAUAUACAAAAGAAGGUACAAGAGCUAGUUAAUUUGCAAGAAAAGCAGAAACAGCUAGAGGAGAGCCGGGAAAAAUAUUUGGUGGAAUUAAAAGAAUUACAAGAUGGUAUUGAACCUUUGGAAAAAGAACUUAAAACAAAGCUGGAUGGGAAAAAUGAAGUUGUUCAGAAGAACAGGGCUGCAAUAGAUACCAAGAACAGCUAUAUCCUUAAGGUAGUAAAUGGUUUUGAUAAAGUGAAAAUCAUUGACUUGGAAAUAAAACAGCACAAAGAGCGAAACAUUCAAAAGGAAUUGGACAAAAUCAAGGAAGCUAAUGAGAAACUGAUGGAAAAGCAGAAACAGAUUAUAGCAGACCGGGACGUGCUUACUAAGAAAAUUGAUAGCUUGAAAGAUGAGCUUGCAAAACAAGAGAUUUAUAAGCGCAACUUAGAAGAUAACAUGAAGCUACGUAAGGCCCAGGCGGAAGUGGAAUCGUGUGAGAAAGAGCUUGCAGAAGUAAAUGACAAGCUGAGUGGAGUGGACACUGGGAUGUUGUGUCAGAAGGAGGAACUAAUCUCAAACCAGACUAAAAUAUUUAGAGAGAAGGCACAGACUGAAGGAAAAUUGAGCGAAUUGAAGAAAACACUGCAGCAAAACAGAGCUGAACUAAAGAGAACUCAAUACAAAGACUUAGAGGUCAAUUAUCGCCAGAAACGGUACGAAAUGACAGUAACAAAGGCUAUCGAUAAAGAUAUCAGAGAUUAUCUGGUUGCUCUAGACAAAUGUCUGCUUGAGUUCCACAAGGAGAAGAUGGAGAAUAUCAACCUCAUAAUCAGAGAAAUGUGGAGAAAGAUAUACAGAGGGAAUGACAUCGACUACAUUGAGAUCAAAACUGAAGGCAACAUGACCGUCGAUGCUGAGCGCCGUAAAUAUGACUACAGGGUGGUGCAGUGUAAGAACGGUGUGGAGAUAGACAUGCGCGGACGCUGCAGCGCCGGCCAGAAAGUGCUGGCCUGUCUCAUCAUACGACUGGCUCUCGCUGAGACCUUCAGCUCCAAGUUUGGCAUCCUAGCUCUGGACGAGCCAACCACUAACUUGGAUCAAGAAAAUAUUCAAAGUUUGUGUUCGGCGCUCGGUGAGAUUGUGCAGGAGAGGAUGAAACAAAAGAACUUUAUGUUCAUUAUUAUUACCCAUGACAGGGAGUUCAUUGAAUCUCUGGGCAAUGUGGAUAAGGUUACACAUUACUAUGAAGUAUCAAGGAAUGAAGAAGGAAAAUCAAGAAUCAAAAAGAUUAGGUUCACAUAAUUAAAACAUUCAUUCCAAAUUUAUUUUUUUAAAUUUUUAUUAUAAAUAACAUAACAUAGAAUUUAUAUAAUUUACAUAAUUUCAUUAAGGCUGUGCCUUAUCCGUACUUUUCUUGAAUAAUUAAUUGUAAGUUAAAUGAUUAAAUAAUUUUGCAAAUA